AUGAAAGGUAAUUGGCGGGAUGCUAAGGCUUUUCUUGAGAAAUACCCUGACUACGUUAAUCGUCCCAUAACGAUAGAGCAAGCGACAGUACUUCACUGUGCAGCGGCAGCAAAAAGAGCCAAUUUUGUGAAAGAAGUGUUGAAAUUGAUGACACCCAAGGACUUGGAAUUGAAAACCAUAGAUGGGCUUACGGCCCUUCACGUUGCUGCUAAAACAGGAGUUGUGAGAAUCGCUCAGGAGAUGGUUAAGAAGAACAGAGAAUUGCCAUUGAUCCAUGAUGGCAAUGAAAGAACACCACUUGAUCAUCCCAUUGUAGCAGAUGAUGAUGGUGAUGAAAGCACACCACUUCACGUUGCAGCUUUUGAAAGAGAUAGAAAUAUGGUUGAUUAUCUAUUGUCUGUGACUCCUUUUUCACAAUUGACUACUCGUCAACGCAUUCAUCUUCUUCUUGAUAUUGUUUCCGCUGGUUUUUACGAUAUAGCUUUAAUAAUUCUGAAAAAUGAUACGCACUUAGCAACUGCUGACGCUGGCGGUGCUGCUUGUGGGCGAAGAAGAGCUUUGGAAGAGUUGGCCAGAAAUCCAUUAGCAAUUGGCAGCGAAAGUGACAAAUGGAUCAUCUAUAACAAAGCUUUGAUGCGAACAUAUGCCCAUCAGUUAGUUGAAGAGCUCUGGAAACCUUCCUCACAAGAACUACAGAUUCAUGAUCAAAUGACUUUACUUGUUGAAGCUGCAAAAGUCGGAAAUGUUGAAUUUCUAAUUAUAAUUAUACGCUCUUAUCCGGAUCUCUUGUGGCAAUUAGUAGAUGAAGAGCAUGGGAUCAGUUUAUUUCACAAUGCUAUAAUGCAUCGGCAAAAGAGUGUGUUUAAUCUAAUAUAUGAGAUAGGUGCCAUGAAGGAAAAGAUUACAACCUAUGUUGCCAAAUGUUGUAGCAAGAAGCUGGACAUUGCCCAAGGUGAUAACAUGUUGCACAUUGCUGGAAAAUUGGCUCCGUCAGAUCGAUUAAAUACCAUAUUAACAGAAGCUCUUCAAAUUGAAAAAGAGUUUUUGUGGUUUCAGGAGACAGAAAACAUUAUGCCGCCUUCAUAUGUGAACAUGAAGAAUAUAGAGGGUGAAAUACCUAGGGAUAUAUUUAAAAAGAAACAUCAAAAUUUGCAUGAAGAAGGUGAAAAGUGGAUGAAGAAAACAGCAAACAAUUGCAUACUUGUGGCAACAUUGAUUGCUACUGUGGUUUUCGCAGCACUCUUCACUGUACCAGGUGACAACAAUCAUGAAACAAAGAAACAUGACACAGGAAAACCUCUUCUUUUGCAUAAUGAUUGGUUUACAGUAUUCUUCAUAUCAGAUACGAUAGCAUUAGUUUUCUCUUCAACUUCGAUAUUAGUUUUCUUGUCAAUUACCACAUCACGUUACAGAGAUGAGGAUUUUCUCAAGACAAUACCUGUAAGGUUGCUGGGUGGACUUGCUGCACUCUUCAUCUCUAUAACAGGCAUGGUAUCAGCCUUUAGUGCAACUUGCUUUUUGGUAUAUUACAGCAAAACACCUUAG